UGAGCAAAGAUUAGUAGCUUUUUAUUCCCAGGAUGCAAGAACAGAAGAUGUGGAAACUAGGCCAAGCGUUUCUUGUGGCGUUCCUGGCUUCCGUCUCGGCGCUCCCUGCGGUGGCCGGCGAAGCUCAAGGAGUAACUUAUGAUGGGAGGUCUUUGAUCAUCAAUGGAAGCAGAGAGCUUCUCUUCUCGGGUUCCAUCCAUUACCCGCGUAGUAUCCCCGAAAUGUGGGGAGACAUCCUACAGAAGGCGAAAAAGGGCGGUCUCAAUGUGAUUCAGACUUACGUCUUUUGGAACAUUCAUGAACCGGUGCAGGGUCAGUACAAUUUCAAUGGGAACUAUAAUUUGGUCAAAUUCAUCAAAAUGAUCGGCGAGCUAGGAAUGUAUGCAACGCUAAGGGUCGGUCCGUUCGUAGAAGCUGAAUGGAAUUUCGGAGGCUUCCCGUAUUGGUUGAGAGAGGUACCGAACAUCACGUUUCGGACCGACAAUUCACCAUUCAAGUACCACAUGAAAAAGUUCACCAAAGUAAUUAUAAAGAAGAUGAAGGAUGAGAAGUUGUUUGCUUCUCAAGGCGGCCCCAUUAUCUUAUCUCAGAUCGAGAACGAGUACACCAACAUUCAGCUGGCUUACAAAACUCUAGGAACUCGAUACAUCCAGUGGGCGGGAACGAUGGCUGUGGGGCUCAAAACGGGAGUUCCGUGGGUUAUGUGCAUGCAGAAGGACGCUCCCGAUCCCGUGAUCAACACGUGCAACGGCAGAAACUGUGGGGACACCUUCACUGGCCCGAACAGUCCUGAUAAACCUACGUUGUGGACCGAGAACUGGACUGCUCAAUACAGAGUGUUCGGUGACCCCCCAUCUCAAAGGUCCGCUGAAGAUCUCGCAUACUCUGUCGCUCGUUUCUUCUCCAAAAAAGGCACUCUGGCGAACUAUUACAUGUACUAUGGUGGAACAAAUUUCGGCAGAACGGCUUCCUCUUUCGUAACAACUCGAUAUUAUGAUGAAGCUCCUAUGGAUGAAUAUGGUCUGUUGAGGGAACCGAAAUGGGGUCACUUAAGAGACUUGCAUUCGGCUUUGAGAUUGUGCAAGAAAGCCCUGCUUUGGGGGACUCCCUCGAUCCAAAAUUUGGGAGAAGGACUCGAGGCCCAAGUCUACGAAAAACCAGGAACUAGCAUCUGCUCUGCCUUUCUAUGCAACAAUAAUACUCGGCUUCCCAGACUGAUGAUGUUCAAGGGCAUCGAGUAUUACCUGCCCCAGCGAUCUAUUAGCAUCCUUCCCGAUUGCAAAACCGUGGUCUAUAAUACGGGAAUGGUUGUCUCGCAGCACAAUUCGAGAAACUAUCAUCAAUCAGAGAUGGCUAACAAGAAUUUACAGUGGGAAAUGUGGCGGGACAAUAUUCCAACGACUGGCGAUGCUCCUAUUAAGUCAAAGAGUCCUCUAGAAUUGAUGAGCACGACAAAAGACACGACAGAUUAUCUGUGGUAUGCCACCAGCAUUGAAUUGUAUCACACCGACUUACCCUUUAGAAAGGACAUCAUUCCAGUCCUUCAGGUGGCGAAUCUCGGCCACUUGAUGCAUGCCUUUGUCAACGGAGAGUAUAUAGGGUCCGGUCAUGGAAGCAACAUAGAGAAGAGCUUCGUCUUACAGAAACCAAUCGAACUAAAGCCUGGACUCAAUAACAUAUCUCUGCUGGGUGCGACAGUUGGUUUUCCGGAUAGCGGAGCCUACUUGGAGGACCGGUUUGCCGGAGUCCACCAAGUGACACUCAAAGGCCUCAACACUGGGACCCUCGAUUUGUCGCUCAAUGGAUGGGCACAUAAGGUAGGCUUGGACGGUGAAAAACUCCGUGUCUACAUACAAGGGGGCUCUCACAGGGUACAGUGGGCGAAAGCUAAAGGACUCGGACAAUCUCUGACCUGGUACAAGGCUUAUUUCGAUGCUCCUGAAGGAAAUGAUCCUGUUGCGAUGCAACUUGGAACGAUGUCGAAAGGCAUGGCUUGGGUCAAUGGCAAGAGCAUUGGCAGAUACUGGUCGUCUUACCUGUCUCCUCUAGGAAAGCCUUCCCAGGAUGUAUACCAUGUUCCGAGAGCGUUCCUGAAGCCGACAGAUAACCUUCUCGUUCUGUUGGAGGAAAUCGGAGGAAAUCCUGAAGGUGUUCAGAUCUUGACAGCGAACCGAGAUGUCAUCUGUAGCUUCAUCAGUGAGAGCAAUCCUGCCACCGUGAAAUCGUGGAAAACGAAUGGUGGUCUGAUUCGAACCGUUGCAGAUGACGUGAAGCCGAGGGCUCAUUUGCUGUGUGCGGAGGACAAGAAGAUCAUCGAGGUUGAGUUCGCGAGCUAUGGCAAUCCGUUUGGCUCUUGUGGAAGUUACAGCGUUGGGAAUUGUUCGGCAGCUAAGAGCCAGAAAGUCGUUGAGCAGCGCUGCCUGGGAAGAAGCAAGUGUUCCGUGACGGUGGAGCAAAAGAAUUUCGACGAGGCAGGCAAUCUGUGCCCCGACGUGUCGAAGACGCUGGCUGUUCAGGUGCGCUGCGGCGACGGAAAGAGCUCGCCGAGCAAAGCCGGAGAAGGUAGAGAUUCGUAAGAACAGGACAGGACACGGGACCUCCAGGAACGAGUUCAUUGUAGUUUAUGGACUUUGGGAAAGUUUGGAGCAAUACAGUGAACACGGGGCUCACGAAACUGUCCCAGGACCGUGUCUGAAUUUCAGCUCCCACUUCCCGCACGUAGAGAUAUUGGGGGAAGGAAAAUUUUGUAGGAUCUACUUGGACUAAAGUAUGCCUUGAAAUGUUCAGAUUGUUUGUUUUCUUGGUAGAAAACAGAGCAGCUUCCACCCAUUAAUG